AUCUUAACAGGAAGUACCAGCUAGCAUGUUUGGCUAGGUAGCUAACAGCUAACGUAAUUGGUGCUCAGCUGUUUGUUGUGUUUGAGAGGCUCAAACAGGGCACAGCGUCAGAUGGAUCACCGUGAAUAGUUUAGACCUCGUUCACUGAUAAAAGGUUAACUAAUGUGUCAUGUUCUUGUUGCAAUGGGGGAACUGGCUACACAUUUCCCCUCAUUCUAGUGAAUGGAUGAAGUUACACCAUGGAGGAUGUGUGAGAGUGUGCUUAUUGCAAUAAAAUGGACACGCGGUUCACUCGAGGCAAAUCCAACAUCUUGGAGCGACCCCUAACCCGGCCCAAGACCGAGGUCAGCGUUAGCGCGUUUGCCCUCCUGUUCUCAGAGAUGGUCCAGUACUGUCAGAGCCGCGUGUACUCGGUGUCGGAGCUGCAGACGCGUCUGGCAGACAUGGGCCAGAGCGUUGGAGCCAGCUUGCUGGAUGUGCUGGUGCUGAGGGAGAAGAACGGCAAGAGGGAGACCAAAGUUCUGAACAUGCUGCUCUUCAUCAAGGUUAAUGUCUGGAAGUCUUUGUUUGGGAAGGAGGCCGACAAGCUGGAGCAGGCCAACGAUGAUGACAAGACUUACUACAUCAUAGAGAAGGAGCCACUCAUUAACGCGUACAUCUCCGUGCCCAAGGAGAACAGCAGCUUAAACUGUGCAGCCUUCACGGCGGGCGUCGUCGAGGCCAUCCUCACACAUAGCGGCUUCCCUGCAAAGGUCACCGCCCACUGGCACAAGGGCACCACGCUGAUGAUCAAGUUUAACGAGUCAGUCAUAGCCAGGGACAAGGCUCUGGAUGGCAGAUAAAGAGGACUGGAGAGAGUGGGCGGUUAUGUUAAUCAAUACAGGAUGAAGUUAAAUCAUCCAGGUCCAGGCUAGUGUGUGGUCCUGAAUGAAUUUCCUUGUGGUAAAAGGUGGGACUUUAUGGAUGGAUGGAUGGAUGGAUGGAUGAGCCACACUGCUAGAGCAGAAAACAUGCAGCUAGUUGGUUCCAAGUUCCAAGUUUUUUUGUGGAUCAUCUCACUCCUGGUGUACCUCAUGAAGUGACACAAAAUUGUUUCCUUUUAAUUUUUAAUUUGUCUGUCUCACAUCACAUUUUUACAACACAGAUGAUUCAGAAAAGAUUAAGAUAUUGGAUAAUACUUUCACCACUUCAAUUUCUGUAAAGUAAAGUAAAGCUCAGAUUUUCAAGUCACAGCAAGUCAACAUAUUGAAAGAAAUAACUUUUAUUAAAUUAUGUCCCCUUGGGCUCUGGGAAAUUGUGAAAGCUUUUAUCGACUUAAUGAAUCAAAGGAAUACUCAACAGAUGAUUUCAUAAUGAUGGUGAUGGUGAUGUGCAGCUUUUGUCUCAUCGAAUGAAAGUGAAACUGAGCAAAAACAACCAACUAAAUGGAAGCCAACUAUUUAGAGCGUCCCUUGUUUUAUAUAAUGUUAAUAAAAGUGAGAUUUACAACACUUCUUUAAAUGCUACAAAAUAUUGUAUUUAACAGACGGAGGUCCAGACAUGAGAUUAUUUCUCAAAGUUGUUUCUUUCAUUCCAGUUUAACUCCAGCUGUGUGUUUCAUCUCUGUAAAAUAGAUUCAUAAUCAGGGCUGUGGCUAGCAUUUAAGACACAGGUCAGAUCUCUACCAAUAUUAUUUGAGUAUAUUAUUAUUAUUAUUUAUUUAGUGUGAGUGACUUCAGGGUUAUCAACAUAGGGGAGUUUACAUUCUAAAAUGAAAAAGAUUGGUACCACUUUUGUUUCUGUACAGUCUGAAGCUGCGGCCAGUUAGCUUAGCAUAGCACAAAGAACUGGAAACAGUUAGCCUGGCUCUGCCCACAGGUAACCAAAUCUGCCUACCAUCACUUCAAAAGCUCAUUAAUUAAAAUGUAGCAAAAAAAGUGUCAAAUCAACAGUUGGAAGGGCCAGGCUAGCUGUUCCCUCUCUGUAGGCUAAGCUAAACCAAGUGGCUGCUAGCGUAUUAAUCUUAGACAUGAGGGGUAUCAAUCUCUUCGUCUCACUCUCUGCAACAAAGAAAAUAACAAAUUCCCCAAAUAUCUCCCUAUGUUUAGUGGGGGUUGUGUUGGGGGAGUCAUGCCCUCAGUUUAUCUCCAAGCCUGGCUACAGCCCUGCUCACACUGCUCCCUCCUGCUUAUUCUAGAUAGCACUGUGUGUCUCUGUCAACCGUGAAUAAAACUGUAAUAUCACAAACAUGCUAAGUGAGUCUG